UGCGUAAUAUUUGUAUACGAUACCAGGUAACCAACGUAGGUCUAGGUAUCCGCAAGGGCCAAGGUCACACUUUACUGCAAUGAAUAGCUGCGAUAGUUUACAAUCGAAUAUAAUUUUCUUAGAUGAUCAAAUUGCCAAUUACCAAGCAUCUUAAUAGUUAAUAGCAACGUGUUAUCAGCGUAUAUCCACGCUUGGUAAGGGUUAUGUUAGCAUCAUGCGGCACAGAAGGAAUAGCUCCAUUAUAGAACAUGUAAAUCGCAUUUACUAGCACCUAACAUCUGACCGAAUCAAGCUAUGUUGGCCUGUUGGCGGACGGCUUAUUUUUAUAAGUCCCCAACUCAGCCAUCUGUCUAUUUUCUUAAACAGUAACCAGCAACAAGUUAACUCCCAACUCAGGCCUAACGACUUAUCAUAUACCACAAAAUACCAGUUCGUCUGCUCUGGCCUUUCACCAAUUCCCCAGCACAGUAAAGGACGUUAAAUUUUGAACAUGUCUUCUUCGAGACGGACUCGCAGGACGGACCAAGAUACCUUCACGCGCGCGGGUCCGGAAGCCGUCACUUACGACCUCUCGGUGCGCGACCAGGCCACGAUCCGGGUCCCGGUCGGCUCCGCGUGGACAUCCGGGCCCCACUGGCACGACUCGCACACGGAGUUCCUGCAGGUGCUAGCCGGCCGUGCGCGCGUCAUGCUGUCCGGUCGGAUAUUCUGCGCGAGGCCUGCCGACGGCGUGGUCACGGUGCCGCGGGGCGCGGUGCACGAGUGGCGCCGCGCGGAGGAAGAGACGGCGGGGGCAGAUGCGGAGGAGCUGGUGGUGAGGGAAUGGACGGAGCCGAGGGACGGCGCGAAGGAGAUGUUCUUUCGGAACUUGAACGGGAUUAUCCUGGAUGCGGCGGGGGGCGGCGACGCGCUAGUGACGCUUGAGCUGUGGAACUUGUUCUGGAGGGCGGAUAAUUACCCGGUUACGGCGGUGGGCGCGGGGUGGGUUGGUGGUGUGGCUACUAGGGCCGCGAUGGGUGUUGCGGUUGUGGUGGGGUGGGUGUUGGGACGGCGGGGGGUGUAUGAGGAGUAUGGCUCCAAGUGAUUAUGUAUUGCGGGUGUGAGGGCUGCUGGGUAUGGGUUUGUUGUUAUUGGGAUACGAGGCGUGUGGCGUG